AUGAUUAAAGCAGAGAAUCUCUUGGCUUCUCAAGGAGGACCCAUAAUCCUUGCUCAGAUCAGCACCUGCAAUGGUUGGUAUUAUGAUCAAUUCUAUCCCAGUAAUCCUAAUACUCAUAAAAUUUGGACUGAGAAUUGGACUGGCUGGUUUAACGAGUGGGGUGGUGGAGAUCCACAUAGAACUGCAGAGGACGUUGCCUUUGCUGUUGCACGUUUUUUCCAGUAUGGUGGCACAGUGCAAAACUAUUACAUGGUGACGAUUUACAACUUAAAUGGAGAACGGGCUUGUUUCUUUGGAAAUGCAAACGAAACAGACAAUAUGACAAUCACCUUUGAAGGCAACAAGUAUACAGUUCCUGCUUGGUCUGUUAGCAUCCUUCCUGAAUGCCAGACUGUAGUAUACAACACUGCUCAAGUUAACAGGCAAACAUCAAUAAUGUUGAAGAAGCCAAAUGAAGCUGAUGAAGGACCCCUACAGUGGCCAUGGAGACUUGAGAAUCUUGAGAGCCUUAAGAGCCAGCUUUUGAAAAAGAAGAGCGAGUCUUGA